AUGCACCGCGGGCUAGGCCAGGUCUUCCAGCUGGGCAGGAAUAUGGCGGCACCCAGCGCGGAACCACCGGUCUUGGUACAAUAUUUGGUGUUACGGAAGGAUCUGUCGCAGGCUCCAUUCUCCUGGCCGGCGGGCGCGCUGGUAGCGCAGGCUUGCCACGCAGCCACGGCGGCCUUGCACAUCCACCGCGACCACCCGCACACGGUGGCUUACCUCCGGGAGCUGGGGCGCAUGCGCAAGGUGGUCCUGGAGGCCCCAGAUGAGACCACCCUAAAGGAGCUGGCUGGGACACUGCAAGAGAAGAACAUUGACCACAUGCUAUGGCUGGAGCAGCCAGAAAAUGUCGCCACUUGCAUUGCACUCCGUCCCUACCCCAAGGAAGAAGUGAACCAGUAUUUGAAGAAGUUCCGAUUGUUCAAGUGACUGAUGUUAUGAAUUGCUUUGAUAUCUUUGAGUAUCAGCUGGAUCCAGAAACUGCAUGCCAUCCAUCCCGCAGCAUCAUGUACUCCUUUCAUAGGCACCUUGCUCUUCCCUUUAAUUUAUGACAUUUUCUUGAGGGUUAAACACGUUUACAUUAAAGUUGUCAUUAGUAAAUACUUUCUCUUAUUUUUCGUUAAGUUCAGAUGGGGAAAGUAGGUGAUCAGCAAUGUUAUUUAUGGGUCAUUGCUCAAAUAGAAGAUUUGGUUAGACUCACACGGGUCA